UUUCUGAAAGAGAUGAUAAUGCAGAGUAAAUCUGGUUCUUUGUACUGGAGAAACAACGUGACAUGAUCUCCACGAGGUGAUCUCGCAGUUCUAUCUUAUACUGCACUAAUCUGACUGCUGAGUUAAUACUACCAGCCUCUAUAAUGCAUCAACACAAAAGUUGUAGCUAGCCCAUACGUGUCACAGUUAUGAGACAGCAUUUUCAUCAAUGAUCUGCAGAAAAAACCACUUUAAAAUUUGAACCAAAUAUUCAGUUCCUGUGAUGACGUUUUAGUGGUUUUGAGUACUUCCGCAACCUACAAAAGGCGGUGCAAGGCUAAAUCUGGGAGACUUGUCCAAUAACUGAACAGAAUACUUUCUUAAAGAGCUCUGCCACUUGUCUUCUGCAGUCAUAUGUCUGAAUUGUAAUAGAAUGGAAUUUGGAGCAGGGAUUCUACACAUACUUGUGCUGUUGUCUUUAUUUUGUCUCAACACCAGUGCUGCUCCUAUAUUGAAUAAAACAAUGAAUAUGAGCUACCAACUAGCAGUUGAAUUAAAUCGCUCUGCCUCUGCUUUACUAGAUUUAUAUCUGUCUGCUCAAGGCUAUCCUUUCUCUAAUGAUAAUGCCAAACUACAUGUGUGCAGAGUUGAGGUGAAGUGCCUUCCCAGAGGACAACUAGCCAAUAUGGAGAACAAUGAAAUGCUUAGGAGAAUACACACGGGUGUAAAACAGUUUGAUUUGCACUUGAAAAAUGUUGAGGUCCAGCAGAAGAAUAUGAACUCUCUGAAGAAAGAAAUGCAUGAUGAGCUUAAAAAUACUCGGACACAGCUAAUAUCGCUGCAGUCAAACCUCCGGUUGAUUCUGGACAUCAGAGGUUAUCAUGUUCCCGAAGAGUUAGAAUGUUCUCCAGAACACAUUAGCAUCCCUAAUAAUCUGUUUGAACAAAAGCAACAAGGAUGUGCAAUACUGCGAGAGUUUAAAUGGUAUAUGAAGCAAGUGUUAAAGAGUUUUCAUCACUUAUUGAGGAAUGCGUAUGGGAAAGCAGCUGUCAACUCAUAGUUUGCAUGCUGUACAAUAUUUGGUUUUCGCUGCAACUGAGUAUACUGCACCUUCUACAAUUUCCACUCCAGCCCAGUAAGGGACUCGAUGAGAAUAAAUUGUGGAAAUGUAACAUUCAGAUACAAUAUGCAAUUGCCUUACUUGCAAAUGCAGCAAUACUUUCACCUGGGCCAAUAUCUUUGCUGAAGUUGUUAAGUGCACUUCAACAUGUGUUGUGACUUAAAUCAGGUUUGAAGAAGAACAGGUUCUGCCUUGCAAAUGUGUUGAGUAAGAAGCUAUUUGAGACAUUUCAAAUUACAUUUUCGGGGAAGAAAGAAACAAAACAUUCAACCAAUUUUAUAUUUAAAAGAGUCAAAUGAAGUUAAAAAGUGACCUAAAGUGAGCUGCCAGUUUCCAAAGAUUGAUUAAUUGCCUUCCAAAGGACUAUUUCUUGUACAACCUGAUCUUCAUAGUGAUGGACUCUGUAAUGCGAUUUGUUUCCCUAUGUGAGAAUGUUUUUAUUUGUUUUGAAGUUGAUUUUUUUUGCUAUGUUGACUAAAAACAGAACUCCAAGUUAGUAUAAUUAGAAUAUUUCAAAUAUUGAUACUAAAUGCAGUAUAAAUUGAUAUUUUUGCAUCUGUCCGAAUGAGUGCAAGAUGAAAACCUUCAACAGCAUGUCUCUUUGUCAGCAAUACUCCAGAUGUUGACUAUAUUAAUUAUAACUUCUUCCACGGGGCUCAAGCCCUAAUCUCAAACAAUUUCUUUUGUCAACCAAUUUGGAAGUAUGAUUCCUGCCAUUACUGGCUUAUAAAUGCAGGUGUUUCUACCUCUUUUCAGCAGCACUGGACUGUUUCUAACCUCUCUUACGUUUCCACCUGUAUUUUAUCAUUUUGUUCAGAUCAUCUACGUCCUCGAGUAUCGCUGGAAGAUCUCCAGUUUCUGGCACACCUUACUGUUCAGUAGUGAUAUUUAUUCAGUUGUGGUAUUUAUUAAAAUACACAGAUUACAAUUUAAAAAUGCUGCGGUUUUCAAGAAAAGCUUUGUGAGAAAACUGGAUACUCAAGAUUUAAAAGCUGUAAAUACUUUGUGGAGAGAGACAAAAAGUUAACAUUUCAGGUUAAUGACGUUUGUCACAACUUAAAGUGAUGUUCAAAAAAACCAACUGUUCUGAAGAACAGCCUAGGUUUGUUUUCUUAUCAUUAUUUAUUUAAUUAUUAUUAAAUAUUAAGAAUAUUAAAUAUAUUAUAAAUUUUGUACACAGGCUUAUUUAAUAUGUAUUUUUUGUAUUUAUUUGGAUUUUUAAAUAAAGAAUUGAACUGAA